GGCUUGAAGAAAGCCCCAAGCAAGCUGAAGAAGACUCCACCCUGCCCUCUCAUCUCUUCUUGCUUCUCUCUUUCAUGUAUAUAUAACCUAAAAGAGGAGCAGCGAGGGUGUCUAGAAAGGAAGGGUGGGUUUGGGAGAUGCAGCAGCACCUCAUGCAGAUGCAGCAGCCCAUGAUGGCAGCUUAUGCUUCCCCAAAUCAAGUCACCACUGAUAUCAUUCAGCAGGCUAGUAAAUGGUGCUCUAAUGAUCUUUCGGCAGAGGAGUUUCUUCUAUUUCCUGUUCAGGCUUCUUGGCAUAGAGUUUGGAUGGGUUGCUUGUGCUUUUCGGGUGACUUCUAUGCAGGGUCCGUUGAUGAUUCAUUGUAUUUGGAUGAGAAUAAGCAGUUGAUUUUGGCUAUUCUGGACAAUCAAAAUGCAGGCAAAGCUGACGAAUGUGCUGAGAAUCAAGCUAAGCUUCAAAGAAAUCUCAUGUAUCUUGCUGCCAUUGCAGACAGCCAACAACAAGUUCCUACCCUUGCUCAAUUUCCUCCCAAUACUGUUAUGCAAUCAGGCCCUCGUUAUGUUCAAUACCAGCAAGCCCAGCAGAUGACUCCACCUCAGUCGCUUCUGGCGGCUCGAUCCUCCAUGCUGUACGCACAGUCACCAAUGUCCUCUCUGCAGCACCAAGCAGCACUGCACAGUCAGCUCGGAGUGAGCUCCGGAGGGAACACCGGCUUCAACAUGCUUCAUGGCGAGGCCAGCGUCGGAGGCAAUACGGCACUAGCAGCUGGAGUAUACUCUGACUUCGGUGGCCGCAGUACCAAUUCAGCGAAGCAGGAAGCAGGGAAUGCAGUGUCCACCGAAGCCCUUGGAGGCAACUCGGGACGGCAAAAUGGAGAUGGCACGGAGCCUCCUUACUUGAAGGGCUCAUCAGAGGAGGAAGGGAACUAGGAAUCAGCUUGUGCCGAUGUCAGUCAGCAUCUUAAGCUAGGUAGAAGGUUGAAGAUGACUGAAAACUUUCAUGUUGGAACUCUUUUUUGUUUUUUUAUCGUGUGGAUGAUUGUACCAGCCGGCAUUGACUACGAUGAGGUGUAGUAUAUUGUAUCAGAUCUUCCUGUUAGUCUCGUUAGACAUAUAAUUAGUAUGGUAUGGAAGCUUUGUAGAUGUAUGGUUGAAUACUUUGUAUUGAUUCUA